AUGAUAGCUAUAGAUGAUGCUGCACUUGCAUUGAUUCAAUAUUUUUUAUGCUCUCUUUACAGCUAUCCACAUCUUAAGCUUUACUGCUGAAAAAUCUGAAUACUUUUUAUUUUCAUUUUGCAGAUUUCAAUUGGAUGCUUAAAGAUCGGAAAUAAUAAAACACCUGCUCCUCCCAAUUAAUAGCAAAGAUUCUUUAAAAAUGAUAUUGUUCAUCUUAAAAUUUUCAUUUAUGAAAAUAUUACGAAAAUAUCAAUUUUAAAGACCCUAAUUUCUCAACCAAAGAUGAGCAAUUCAAUUAGAUUUUCAGAAGUUUUGGAAAGCUAGCCCCCUUUAGAAGUCUCCAUCCUUGAUCGAGCGAUUUUAAUAUAUUACUAAUUAUUAUCUUAUAAACUGAUUAAAAAAAUAUACCAUUAUUUUGUAUAUAGCGUCUCCGCGCUUUUAGCCUCUCUUUGAUUGUCUCGGGAAACAUCAGAGGAUAAAAGUGAGGAUACGCUAUAUAAUUUUUUUAAAAUUUUGCUUAGCCUUCAUCCUUGAUCGAAACCCACUGCCAUUCAAUCAAGGAUUUGGGAGUGUAAUAGGACAAAAUGAAUGAAAAUAAUAUCAGAUACUUUUGAAGAGAGAAAAGAAAGUUAUUUACUUUUUUUUUCAGGCCAAUUUCCCCAAUUAAAUUUCUUUAAGAAAUUGCUAAAACUUGCAAAUUUUCUAUCUUCUUUUCUGAUGACAUCAUCAAAUUUAGUGACUCAUCACCAAUUGGUGGCGCGGCCAUCUCUCGGGGAGACCCUAUUCCUUUUGAAUCCAAAAUCUAGCUAGCCCACGUCCUACUUCAGGGGGUAAUCGGCUAGAGAUGAUUUUUGGUCUGCUACACAUCCCAGCUCAGCACAAACUUCCUAGCGUCUUUAUUUUGUUAAGUCACCUUAGAUUUGUUGCUACAUACUUCAGAAGCCAGUGAAAAGUCCAAUUAUCUGGCAAAGCUCAUCCCGAAUCUCCCUCAAGAUGUGGACAUUCGGACCCUAGGCCAGUGGCACCAGGGGUGGUUCAACUUUUUACCUAAAAUGGGCAAAAAAUGGAAGAAGUUUAAAAAUAUGCUAAAGCACUUUAUUCGUAUUUUAAAAUAAAUUGUUAAAAAUUACUAAUUUUUUAAAUUAAAAAUUUAUAAAACUUGUGAUUAUAUCUUAGGCAUGGUAGAUGAUAUUAUGGAGCAUUUGGAUUUACUUUUUGCAUUAUAAUAGCAGUUAUUACAGCCGCACAAGCUGAGUCUUUUUGGCAAUUUGCAGUAUUUUCGCUUAUAUUACUGUCUUUAAUAGCCUUGCAAUACAUUCCAGAAAUAAAUUUAGAAAAUAAAGGAUAUGGUGGACUUUUAAGAUUAUUUACACAUGGAUUUCUGCUUAUAGAACUAAAUUCUAUAACGAUUACAGGCGAAAUCUCAUUUAAAUUAUUUCUAGAUAUGAUUCCUACACAUUUAUUAUACCAAAACUGAAAAAUUAUCUUUGAGCUUUGCGCCUUUUCAGAAGAUAUCAAAGCAAAAACAGUCACAACAGCGGUAUUGCUGGGAAGACAUGAGUGCUACAGACUUUUUGUUGUUUUGAAUUUAUUUAUAGCUCUUUAUAUGCUCUUUAGAUUUAAUUGAUUUUAAAAUUUUAUUUAUUAAAUGCUUUAAUACGUCUUAUCACAAAUAGAAUACUAUUAUAGACAUAAUUAGCUAUGGGUCUAUAAGAGGAUUAACAUUCUUGCUUUUGCCUUGGCUAUUUAGUCAAAUUUUACGACUUACUCCCCCACUUUAUUUGGAAUUAAACCUAGUCAAAAUUCCAUUUUUUGGAUAUUUUGUUCAAUAGGAAAUUUUAUAGGUAAAAAGAUUAAUUUCUAUAAAAUUAGUUUGAAUAAAUUUAAUUGAAAUAGUGCAAAUAAAAUAUAUUUAAAGCAUUGAGUACAUUUAUAUUUAAAAUUUUUAUUGAGAAAAAUUUAUUAUUAAAAAACCCCCUUAAAUUAGAAUAGGACUGUUUUUCCAAUUAAGGGAAGGGAGUUAGAAAUAUGAAGCUAAAGCGAUUAGAAAACGAAACAUUUUGGUAUAUGCUUAUUCACAAUUUUUUAACUGUAAUAACUUUAGUUUAUUCUUAA